AACAAGUUUUUAUUCUUCUCAAUAUUUCCAUUGCUCACAUGAUGGCGCUGGCUGGGAGAUGUGAGCCCACCCCUGAGUGUCCAUCAGCAUUUCGGAGAACGUCUCUCCGACCCUCUUCGUCUUUCACCCUUUUGUCUCCUGCUUAAGAAACCGUGGAGCCUCGGAGCUGUGUUGUUCAGUGAGGCCCACUCUGCAGAACCUUCACACUAAAGGAGAGCCGGCCUCCGCCAUGCAGUAGAGGAGGAGGAUCAGCCCAGGCCCGAACUGCCCGUCUGCCCACAUCGUCCAUCGCCGUGGUCGGACUGAAAGAGACACCCUCCGUGCUCUUCCCCCCCCCCCCCGCCACCUCCCUUUUGGCUUCUCUUCUUCUCAUCGCCCUCCCUCUCUUCGUCUCCACCAUGACCCUCUUGUCGAAGGACCAGUCGGCGAGGCCCCUGCCCUGCAGCCUCUCGGAUCCCGGCAAGCACGUCAGCCCGUCCCUGUACCCGACGGACUUCGCCGGCUCCAAAGAGGAGGACGACGACGCCGACGACGGCGCCGCGCCGGGAGCCGCGGAGCCCCCCAGGCGCUCGCGGGGGCGCCUCGUCCUCCACGGGACGGUGAUGUUCGGGAGGGAGUUCUGCUACGCCGUGGAGGCGGCGUUCGUCACGCCGGUGCUCCUGAGCGUGGGCCUGCCCCGCAGCCUGUACAGCCUGGUGUGGCUGAUCAGCCCCAUCCUGGGCUUCCUGCUGCAGCCCGUCAUCGGGUCGGCGAGCGACCACUGCCGCUCGCCGUGGGGCCGGCGGAGGCCCUACAUCUUGGCCCUGGGCGUCCUCAUGCUGGUGGGACUCACGCUGUUCCUCAACGGGGAUGCCGUCAUCUCAGCGCUGGUCAGCGACAGGUCGUCCAGGAGCACCUGGGCCAUCGUGGUGGUGAUGCUGGGGGUCGUGCUGUUCGACUUCGCCGCGGACUUCAUCGACGGGCCCAUCAAGGCCUACCUGUUCGACGUGUGCUCCCACCGGGACAAGGAGAGAGGCCUGCACUACCACGCGCUGCUCACAGGUCUGGGCGGCGCGUUCGGCUACCUGGUCGGAGCCAUGGACUGGGGUCACUCCGUACUGGGUCGGCUGCUGGGCUCGGAGUACCAAGUCAUCUUCUUCUUCUCGGCCCUGACCUGGGGCGUGUUCCUGUCGGUGCACCUCUUCAGUAUUCCAGAGCAACCCCUGGGGAAGGACCCGUACGCCCCCGACCCCUCGGCCUCCAGCGCCCUCCGCCUGCUCGGCUCCCACGGCAACGGUUACGGAGCGCUGGCCAGGGAGACGGCCUCCGCGGCGGGGCCCCCGGCGCUCCCGGACCUCAGGCCCAGGUCGUUCUCCGCGCUGGGCGAGGCCAACUCGGUGACCUCCAGCGCCAAGCAGCCGAACAAGGAGGCCCAGAAGAGGAUGACGUUCAAGUCGAUGAUGAAGGCCAUCAUCAACAUGCCCAACCGCUACCGCUACCUGUGCGUCAGUCACCUGCUGGGAUGGACGGCUUUCCUCUGCAACAUGCUCUUCUUCACUGACUUCAUGGGGCAGAUUGUGUACAAAGGAAAUCCUUACGCAGACCACAACUCCACGGCCUACGCCACUUACGAGAGAGGCGUGGAAGUGGGCUGCUGGGGGCUGUGCAUCAACGCCGUGUCAUCGGCUCUCUACUCCUACGUGCAGCGUUUCCUCCUCCCGUACAUCGGCCUGAAGGGUUUAUACUUUGUGGGCUACUUCGUCUUCGGCAUGGGCACCAGCCUGAUCGGCCUCUUCCCCGACAUCGUCGCCACGCUGGUCCUCUGCAGCGUUUUCGGCGUCAUGUCCAGCACGCUCUACACCAUCCCGUUCAACCUGGUAGCGGAGUACCAGCGGGAAGAAGAGGAACAGCUGAAGCUUGGAGGAAGCCGUGAGCGGCAGCGAGGCAGCGGGGUGGACUGCGCCGCCCUCACCUGCAUGGUGCAGCUGGCUCAGAUCAUCGUCGGCGCCGGUCUGGGGGCUCUGGUCAACAUGGCGGGGAGCGUCAUCGUGGUGGUCCUCUCGGCCUCGGCCAUGGCCCUGUUCGGCUGCAUCUUCAUCGCCUUCUUCAUCAUGUGAAAUGUGGACUAAUCCUGCUUUGUAUGAAAGUAUUUAAUGGUAUUGUUUUAAUAAAUACAGAUUCUUUAUUAUAUUGUCGACAUGCCUUUUAAUUCUUCUUCUUCUUCUUUAUUCCGUCCAGUUGACUAAUGUGACAGUUUUCCCCCUCGAGGGGGCAAAGAAAGGUCUUUGUUCAAGUCAGACCUAUUAGUUGUGGACCAUUGGUGAAGAACCGA